UGAGGUUUAUACACAUUGCAUCAGCUGACCACCGCUACACUAGCAAGAGAACUACUGAAUGCCCCUUAAAAAUAACGCCCUAUAAACUCUUAUUAAAUUAAAGUGUUUUUUUUGUAUUCUGCUUUCUAUCUGUUUAUUCUCUAUAAUUAAAUGUAUGCAUCAGUUUCUGUAAGUUUAACCCGAAUCAAAAUGCUUAUGUAAGCAUUUGUUGUAUUGAAGGUCUGGUCACAGUUGUGUUUAUGGUGAAAUGAAACUGAAAUGAUAAAUCAGAGCAAUCAGGAAUUUCUGUCCCACUGAUGUCUUCAAAUCGUCUGAAGCCUGCAUGACAAAUGCACAAAGAACACCGAAGACACAAUUCAACACUUGUUUUCACCAUGCCUGGAUAUUCACAACUGGAAGAUUACGAGGAACUGACCUCUACAUAUGGGAGCUUACAUGAUAAUUAUGUGUCCAAUAAGUGGAGUUCAAAGUGGCCCAUUUCUGCUCUGUUGGCAACUGGAUGUUUGAUUGUUGUAGGAGUUUUACUGGCCAUCGUCGUAAUAGAGAGAUUGAAGAAUGAAGAUGGAAUUAAUUCAGCUUUGAAUACAUUUACAACAGUGACGUGCUGUUAUGAAACGGCCCCUGAUGGGCACAGCAGUAUUGUUCUGGUUGAGAGUAUUCCUCGCUGUGUGGACUUUGGGAGCAACGUCACCUUUGGGAAAAAUCUGUAUGAAGCCUGGACGGAUCUUCUGUCUUUGGCCACCAAACAGAUCGAUGUCGCAUCUCUCUACUGGACUCUUACAGGCGAAGAUUUAAACGUCAACUCAUCCACGGACAGACUUGGUAGAGAUAUAUUAGAACGGUUUAAAGCGUUACCAUCUCGAAAUAUAUCAGUGCGAGUGGUGACCAGCAUCCCUACUUUGGCUCCCAAUUCAACUGACCUAAAAACCCUAAAGGAAAACGGAAUACAGGUAAGAAGAUUGAACUUUGGGCAUUUGACUGAAGGAAUUCUUCAUACAACAUUCUGGAUUGUGGACGGAAAACACAUCUACAUUGGCAGCGCCAACAUGGACUGGCGCACUUUAACUCAGGUGAAAGAACUGGGCGUGGUGAUUUAUAACUCCAGUAGUUUGGCGACUGACCUGCACAAGAUCUUCCAGUCGUAUUGGGUGACGGGUCGCAACAACGCUUCGAUCCCCGAUCCGUGGCCGUCCAGCUACGACACCGGCAUCAAUGAAGAGCGCCCGCUGCUGGUCAACCUCAGCGGUGCGCCCAGUAAAGUUUACAUCACGGCAUCUCCGUCUGCGUUCUGUCCGGACUCUCGAACCCGAGACCUUGAUGCCAUUCUGUCAAUCAUCAGAGACGCACAGCGGUUCAUUCAUGUGGCCGUCAUGGAGUUUUACCCCGCUUCAAAGUUCUUUCAUCGGCACGGAUACUGGCCGGUCAUUGAAAAAGCUCUGAAGCAGUCGGCCGUUGAGAGAAACGUUUCCGUGUGUUUAUUGGUCGGUUGUGGGCGAGAUAUAGACCCGUCAGUUUGGCCGUUCCUCGAGUCACCAGAUGCUCUUCGCUCCCCGACAGACAACAUCAACAUUGAAGUGAAAGUCUACAUCAUUCCAAUGGCAAACCAGUCACACAUUCCCAAUCCCAGAGUCAACCACAAUAAAUAUAUGCUGACUGAUAAAGUGGCCUAUAUAGGGACAUCUGAUUGGUCAGCUGACUUCAACACGACCGCUGGAGUGGGUUUAGUGGUUUCCCAGGAUGUUUUGCAUUCCGUGUUGCCGGGUAACGCAUUCCACGGGCAGUUAAGUGCUGUGUUUGACAGAGACUGGAAUUCACAAUAUGCGAUUCCGCUUGACAAGCUCAACCAAAACCACGACUGUCUCUUCCCCAAAUCUACACCAUAGAU